GCCCGUGUCAUGAUUGUGGGCGGGGGCGGAGUCGGCACCAUGGCGGCAUACAAUCUCGAAGCAGGAGGACUGGCCGAGACAACCAUGAUCCUGCGCUCAAACUACGACGUGGUGUCUCGACAAGGCUUCAGGAUCGACUCCUGUCAGCACGGCGAGAUUCAUGCCUGGAAGCCGCGUGGCGGGAUCCUCGCCCACAUCGAUCGCACCGGCAGUAUCAAGUUCGACUACGUCAUCUGCAGCACCAAGAACAUCCCCGACGGCCCAGGCCCGACUGUGGCUCAGCUCGUCAAGCCGUACGUGACGCCGGGCCACACGGCCAUUGUGCUGAUCCAGAACGGCAUCAACAUCGAGACACCCCUCAUCGCGGCGUUCCCGCACAACGCGGUGCUCUCGGGCAUCAGCCUCAUUGGCGUCAUCGAGCCCGAGCCGGGCCACAUUGUGCACAACGACGCUGACAAGCUCAUGGUCGGGUACUUCCCCAACCCGGGCCUACCUGACCACGCCACCCAGGAAAAGGCCGCGAGGGACUUCAUCAGGCUCUACUCGGCAUCGGCCAAGGUGGAAGCCAGCUACGACGCCGACGUGCCGUGGACGCGCUGGCGCAAGCUUCUCUACAACGCGGUCUACAACCCGCUCUCCGCGCUGACCGACAGCGACACCUCGCGCCUGCGCCUCUCGGCGCGGCAGGACCAGAGGGAUCCCAGCCAGUCGCACAACGUCCUCGACCACCUCAUCCUGCCCGCGAUGCGCGAGAUCCAGGCCGCCGCCAGGGCGGUUCACCAGGUCGAGCUGCCGGACGCGCUGCUCGAGAGCGUCGUCGAGGCGGACUCGAUCGCCGAGUUCCUGCUGCCGAGCAUGCAGCAGGACGUGCAGAAGGGGCGGUUCGUCGAGUGCGAGGUGAUCCUGGGGGAGACGGUGCGGCUGGGGGAAGGGGCCGGGGUGCAGAUGCCCGUGGUCAGGACGCUGUACUGCAUGUGUCGCGCGGUGCAGUUCCGCGCAAAGGAGAGGGCUGGGCUUCUGGACGUGAAAGAGCUGGCGGCAAAGUAUCAUGAAUGACGGGCGGGGGUGGUUGUUUGAUAGUGGCGUUGAACCCGUAAAUGCCAGCCAAGGAAAAACUUCCCAAAGGGCAUCUGUCGCGAAAUGAGACGCUGUUGACGCCAGAAAAAAAAAAGACGUGAUAAGGUUGUGCGAGAUAGAGCAACCACAGAGACACCGAGAGACAACAGAGCGUGCUGUGGCCGACAAGAAAAAAGGUCCUAGCGGCCUGCUCAUUGGACACUGAUUACCACCUGC